AUGAUAGAUGCUCUCCUCCAUUUUCGUUUGGAUUUGAGUAGUGGCGUGUCAACCCGAGUCAAUCCGCGCGACUCAACACCUUUUUACGAAUCCAACAACUCACCCGGUGAUACGUCCUCCAAAGACAAAAUGCUCAACGAACCCCUUCCUUCCUCCAUGGAGGAUAACCCCCAAUUCAAGGAGGAGACCUCUCUCCAGAAAUUCCGCAGACGACUCAAGGAGGAACCUUUGAUCCCGCUAGGAUGUGCCGCCACAUGUUACGCCCUUUACCGCGCAUACAGGUCGAUGAAGGCCGGUGACUCGGUCGAAAUGAACAAAAUGUUCCGUGCUCGUAUCUACGCCCAAUUCUUUACACUUGUUGCUGUUGUUGCCGGAGGCAUGUACUUCAAGACAGAGCGCCAGCAACGAAGGGAGUUCGAGAAGAUGGUGGAGCAGCGGAAGGCACAGGAGAAGCGGGAUGCGUGGUUGCGUGAACUCGAAAUCCGAGACAAGGAAGAUAAGGACUGGAGGGAGCGUCAUGCCGCCAUUGAGGCUGCUGCUAAGGAGGCGGGCAAGAGGCCGGCGCCAAAGACGAUUCCAGAGCAAGACGCUGCUCGGUCAGCUAUUGAGCCUGCUGAUGAGAAGUCGAUUGGGGUACUAGCUGCUGUGCGAGAUUUAUGGAUGCAGCAAAAGUGAGCUUUCGACAUCACGAAAAGUGUUGGAAAGAUGUCCGUCUACAAUGCGAUUUUUCACGGUAACAUGUACAUAUAUACAUUUCAAGGUCCUGUAAGAAUAAGAGAAGCUCUCCUUCACCAAC